UGUGGUGGAAUAAUUGUGAGCAGAUCUCAUUCACAGUUUUCUACACAUUCUCCAAAAUGAAUGUUCAAUUAAGUCGAUGGAUAGAGAACAACUAUGUCAGUUGACUUUUUUCUAAUUGCAGGGGCAAACGUCUUGCGAGCAAAGGCUUCUUUGACUUUAUUUUUCUCAUCCGGUCGGGGCUGUUAAAUGCACUACCAAAGGAUUUGGAAGAAACAAACCAGAGUACAGCGAGUGAUCACAUGGUCCGCUGGGAGCCAAUUGUUGCGGAAAAAACAGGGCAUGUACAGGAAGUAUGCUUAAAAAGCCUCCAAUGUGUAUAAAACAUCCGCAACACAACAAAAGGAUUGGCCGCAUCAAGACAAACACGGUCGGUCCCUAUAGUCCAUUACCUCAACCUGCAUGUGGCUCCGCCUCCACCAUGACCCUGUCAUUCUGUCCGCCUUUUACCGACUCAUUACUCCCGCCACCUAUCUGCCACUGCUCACCAUCCCUCGUCCACCUGUUCGUUCUCCUCAUCCCAUCUUCCCCGCAGCUCGGCUCCCCGAUGAUGUCAACCACGUGGAUGGCUCCUCAGAGAGCAUCUACGAAGCACCCCACGAUUCAUCACUGAAGGACGUGUUACCAAAGUACCACUGCAGCCCUCUUCUCAGGCGUAGAGCUCAAUGGACUGGCUCAGAUCCAAAUAUCAGUUAUGUCCAAACAUCAAAUAAUGCCCGAUUAAAAAGAAACAAUAGAAGGUCUUGUAUCCCAACUUCAGCAAUAGAAAAGGAAAGAUCAGAAACAGAUUAUACUUGCUGGACAGCAUCGGGUCUCGGAAAUGAUGUUCAUGAUCAAGAGACAGAACUGAGGACGGUCAGCUGUCAAAGCAGCACUGAAGAUCCAACGAAGGAGCUGAAGUCUGGAAAGACGAAAGAGGCUCUACCAGUUCAGAGUGGUAAAAGUGCAGAAGAGAAAGAUGGAGCGCUGAGUUCCACAGCAAGAAGAUUGAAGAGGUUUCAGGAUUUGGUGCAAGCCAAAAAAAGAAAUCAGGAUGCUUCUGGAAAAGGAAAGAACCGGCCGAAUAAGAGCAGUAAUUCAUCCCACGUGUUGAGUAACAGCAACCCGGUGUUGACCUGCGUCGGCCUCGGCAAACGGACUGAGAAAAAAUCUUCUGGAGAUGCUCAGCGAGAAGAAGUGAAAAACCCAAAUGAGGAUUUAAGGACGAAAUGUGUUUGGAACCCAGCUGAGUGUUCUCAGGCCUGUUCGCCUUUCUAUUCUACGUGCCAGCCACCUGGACAUGAGCCGCCAUGGCUUUGCGCUAGCAACUUGUUGCUUCCUCAGGCAACGCAAUGGGAACGCUUUGAGAGUCUCAUUCGGGAACUGGACAGAAAAGAAUUGGAAUUUUCAUCAGCCACCAUUGCGGAUUCAACCAGAGAGAUUCAACCCACACAAGACAAAAUGAUCAAAUUUGGAGAUUUUCACACCCGCACGGCGCUGUCGCCUUUGACACGCUCUUUGCUGGAAAAGAAUGGAUCCAAACCGAGCCAGAACCAGACUGAGGACCCACCACGGGCUGACACCACAGCGGAGAAACAACUUUCAGCUGUCAUCCGUGUCGACACCCCAAAAGCAGAAUCUAAGAAGAGAGAAUCUGGUGUCGGAAGGAUACUCGCUGAAGGAUGCAAGCUCUCCAGUAAUUCAAUGGAAAGCCUCUAUAGUAGACAAAGUUCCUCAAGUGGAGUCACCAGUGAUUGUUCCAGUAACAGAGACAGUCUCCGGCUGGAGGAUGAGCCCGUUUGCGCAAGACACUUCUGUGGUCGAGCCAGAGUCCAUACAGAGUUUAUGCCGAGUCCGUAUGACACGGAAUCCCUCAAACUCAAGGUCGGUGACGUGAUUGACAUCAUCCAGAAGCGCCCCAUGGGAAUAUGGACUGGGAUGCUGAACAACAAAAUAGGCACCUUUAAAUUCAUCUACGUGGACGAGUUCACGGAGGAACUUCCUGAGACACACAAAGCCAGAGAAAAAUGUCGAUCCACUAUCCACGAAGUGUUGAGGCGCCUCAGUUUGGAGGAAUAUUCCGAUUCUCUGCAGCAGAACGGCUAUCAAACAGUAGAUGACUUAAUGAGGUUGGAGGAGCAUCACCUGACAAAACUCAAAGUGACUGAUCCAGAGCACAGGCAUCGUCUGCUCGCUGCUGUCGAGUCCUUGCAACAACUGCGCUACACUAAUUGUCACUUGGAGAAGGAGCCCAAUGAAGAGGCCAAGACGGAGAACACCAAAGGAGACACAAAUACCUGCCUGAGAGACUCGGGCUGCCACAUGACCUCUGACAUCAGCCGAGAGGACACAGAGCUUCAAUUUCCUUGCGAACCUGUUCAGAUGACAGCUUCGGGAAAUGAGAUCUAAUGGCCCGAACCAUUGUUUAUAUUUACUUGCAUCAACAUAAUUAUAAACAUUGUACAGGGGCAUGCUCAUGUUGAGCUCUGACUCCCAACAAUUGAUUCUAGCAAAUGUAAGAUUUCUGUUUGCACAAGUAAAAUAUUUGAUGUGAUGAUCAAUUAUUGGAAAGACAACAUAUAAAAUGACUGAAUAACACCAAUUCAGAAUGGAGUCAAAGUUCAAUUCAUCUGAUACAACGCCUCAAAAUACAUCCACAAGAAGUAAAACUACAGAGCGCACGUUGCUCAAAUCUGCAGAAAGACUGAUGCUAAGCUAAUGCUAUGAAAACGAGGGCAUCAUAGACACACAAUAAUAUUAAAGUACAGUUUAGAAUUUGUGUGUGAUCUCAAGCUUACCGCUUUACCGUGUCCGACG